UAGAUGCAGCCGCUCUCUGUUCCCUGUCCCAAUGAACAUCUGCACUAGGCCCCAGCCUUGGAGUGACUUACCUGAAGAGUGACACCAUUUCUCUGGAAACUACUAUGAGGAAACUGAAGCCCAGAGAGGUGAAGUGAGGUGCCCAAGGCCACACAGCAAGUUAGAGGCACAGCUAGUACCAUAGCUCAAGUCUCCUGACUCCCAGUCCAGUGCUCCUCCCAUUACUCCACGGGUCCUGUCUCUAAGCUUCCUGACAAAUGCUAGAACGGAAGAAACCCAAGACAGCUGAAAACCAGAAGGCAUCUGAGGAGAAUGAGAUUACUCAGCCGGGUGGAUCCAGCGCCAAGCCGGGCCUUCCCUGCCUGAACUUUGAAGCUGUUUUGUCUGCAGACCCAGCCCUCAUCCACUCAACACAUUCACUGACAAACGCUCACGCUCACACCGGGUCAUCUGACUGUGACAUCAGUUGCAAGGGGAUGACCGAGCGCAUUCACAGCAUCAACCUUCACAACUUCAGCAAUUCUGUGCUCGAGACCCUCAACGAGCAGCGCAACCGUGGCCACUUCUGUGACGUGACGGUGCGCAUCCACGGGAGUAUGCUGCGCGCACACCGCUGCGUGCUGGCAGCCGGCAGCCCCUUCUUCCAGGACAAGCUGCUACUGGGCUACAGCGACAUCGAGAUCCCAUCCGUGGUGUCAGUGCAGUCAGUGCAAAAGCUCAUUGACUUCAUGUAUAGCGGCGUGCUUCGCGUCUCGCAGUCGGAAGCCCUGCAAAUCCUCACGGCCGCCAGCAUCUUGCAGAUCAAAACGGUCAUCGAUGAGUGCACGCGCAUCGUGUCGCAGAACGUGGGCGAUGUGUUCCCGGGGAUCCAGGACUCAGGCCAGGACACGCCGCGGGGCACUCCAGAGUCAGGCACAUCGGGCCAGAGCAGCGACACUGAGUCAGGUUACCUGCAGAGCCAUUCGCAGCACAGUGUGGACAGGAUCUACUCAGCACUAUACGCAUGCUCCAUGCAGAAUGGCAGCGGUGAGCGCUCCUUCUACAGUGGGGCAGUGGUCAGCCACCACGAGACAGCGCUGGGCCUGCCCCGUGACCACCACAUGGAAGACCCCAGCUGGAUCACGCGCAUCCACGAGCGCUCACAGCAGAUGGAGCGCUACCUGUCCACUACUCCCGAGACCACGCACUGCCGCAAGCAGCCGCGGCCCGUGCGCAUCCAGACGCUGGUGGGCAACAUCCACAUCAAGCAGGAGAUGGAGGACGAUUAUGACUACUAUGGGCAGCAAAGGGUGCAGAUCCUGGAGCGCAACGAAUCCGAGGAGUGCACGGAAGACACUGACCAGGCCGAGGGCACCGAGAGUGAGCCCAAGGGCGAAAGCUUCGACUCGGGCGUCAGUUCCUCCAUAGGCACGGAACCCGACUCGGUGGAGCAGCAGUUCGGGCCCGGGGUGGCUCGGGAUGGCCAGGUAGAACCUGUCCAAACAGAGCAGGCCACAGAAGCCCCUGCCGAGGGCAGUCAGCAACCGCACCAGCCAGAGACAGGAGCCUCCUCCCCAGAAAGGAGCAGCGAGGUGGAGAUGGACAACACGGUCAUCUCUGUCAGCAACAGCUCCGACAAGAGCGUCCUGCAACAGCCUUCGGUCAACACAUCAAUUGGGCAGCCAUUACCAAGUACCCAGCUCUACUUACGCCAGACGGAAACCCUCACCAGCAACUUGAGGAUGCCUCUGACCUUGACCAGCAACACACAGGUCAUUGGCACAGCCGGCAACACCUACCUGCCGGCCCUCUUCACUACCCAGCCCGCGGGCAGCGGCCCCAAGCCUUUCCUCUUCAGCCUGCCACAGCCCCUGGCAGGCCAGCAGACCCAGUUUGUGACAGUAUCCCAGCCCGGCCUGUCGACAUUUACUGCACAGCUGCCAGCGCCACAGCCCCUGGCCCCCUCUGCAGGCCACAGCACAGCCAGCGGGCAGGGCGAAAAAAAGCCUUAUGAGUGCACUCUCUGCAACAAGACCUUCACCGCCAAACAGAACUACGUCAAGCACAUGUUCGUCCACACAGGCGAGAAGCCCCACCAGUGCAGCAUCUGCUGGCGCUCCUUCUCCCUAAAGGAUUACCUUAUCAAGCACAUGGUGACCCACACAGGGGUGAGGGCGUACCAGUGUAGCAUCUGCAACAAGCGCUUCACUCAGAAGAGCUCUCUCAACGUGCACAUGCGCCUCCACCGGGGGGAGAAGUCCUAUGAGUGCUACAUCUGCAAAAAGAAGUUCUCCCACAAGACCCUCCUGGAACGACACGUGGCCCUGCACAGCGCCAGCAACGGGACCCCUCCUGCGGGUACACCCCCAGGUGCCCGCUCUGGCCCCCCUGGUGUGGUGGCCUGUACGGAGGGGACCACUUACGUCUGCUCCGUCUGUCCAGCAAAGUUUGACCAAAUCGAGCAGUUCAACGACCACAUGAGGAUGCAUGUGUCUGACGGAUAAGUAGUACCUUUCUCUCUUUCUUAUGAACAAAACAAAACAACAACAAAGAAACAAACAAAAAAAAAAGCUAUGGCACUAGAAUUUAAGAAAUGUUUUGGUUUCGUUUUUACUUUAUGUUUUUGUUUUUGUUUCGUUUCAUUUUGUACUACAUGAAGAACUGUUUUUUGCCUGCUGGUACAUUACAUUUCCGGAGGUUUGGGUGACUAAUAGUUUUCCCAGCUUCCCUCGGAUGGUGGCCUUAAGGCCUGGUAGUGCUUCAAGAGGUCCACUGGUUGGAUCUCUAGCUACUGGCCUCUAAAUACAACCCUUCUUUACAAAAAAAUCUUAAAAAAAAAAAAUUAAAAAAAAAUUUUUUUUCACUUGUGAAGAGCACUACAAAAAUAUAUAACAAAAUCUAUAAGGCCUACUGUCUUUAAGUACACCGCUUGCAGUGUUUCAGUGGACAUUUUCACAAUUCUGGCCGCUUGGACUUCACAGUAACCAGUUAAAACUGUGGAAUAUCACUUCUGGUUGGAAACCCAGAGGAAAAGGCCCUGCUGUUUUCCACCUACCACACUGUCUGAUUUCAUAAAAGGGCUGUGGGGGUGGGAAGGGGCCGUGGGUUUGGUGGUGUGGGAAAGGCGAAUGGCAGGCUUCUCCCCCAGAUUCUGCUGGGGCCCACACACCCUGGCCCACCUCCUCCAUAUCCCCCUCUCAGCAGAAGCCAGGAAGACUCGGACAAGCAUCAAGCAACAGUGGCUAUCGUAUUUAUUCAGUGUCUUCGCUGAGCCACAGCCUCAGCACAAUCAAGAGGGACUUUCAUGAAAGGCAGGAAUGCAGAUUAAACAAAGAUAUCAGAGGUUUGCACCUACGUUUCUAGGUACAAGAGAAGGAUUAUUUCCAACAAUCUUUGCAAAAAAAAAAACAAAAAAAAGUGUCAGGAUAUAUUCUUGUGGAAGAGAAAAAGAAGAGAAAUGGAGGGUGGGGGGAAUAAUAAAAAGUUCUUGAGGCUUUUUUAAUUCAAAAUUUUAUAGAGGGGCAAAAGUGACGUUUACCAGAUAGAAUGCUGAUUUUUUUAAUAUAUUUACAACAGUAUUUGUGUAAAAAAAAAACAAAAAAAAGUUGAGAUUGUUAAAAGUAAUUUUUCUUUUUCAUUUUGGUUUUGCAUACACUGCCACCAAUCCCUUCUCUUUUAUUUUAUUCCACACACAUAUAUAUAUUUUUUGGUAAGUCAAGACUGUUAAGGUUAGCGAUACUGCUUCCAGAUAGAAAGAAUAAAAGGCAAUUAAAGUUAUAUUUGAAAGAGAGGAAGGAUAUUUUCUUCAUAUUUUUUUUAAUUUUUCUUAAUUUUUAUUAUUUUAAGUAUUGCCUGGGUUGAUGAGGGCCUCUAUGGCCAGCCCAUCCCUGCUGUAAUUUGAACUGCUGCUUUGUAUUUACAUAGGUAGUACUUUGACUUUUAGCAAGCUUGAGUUGCUCCACUGAAUAUUUCUUUCCAUCGAUUCAUUUAGAAUUCUGUUCUUUUUCAUGGGAGGGAUGUCAUCUUUCAGCAACAAUUUUCUUGCUUCUCUAAAAACUCAUUGGGACUUAUUAUUCUAGACUUUUCUAUUGACUUUACUUUUUUUCUCUGAUGAAACACUAGUGGUCUAGCGGUCUUGACAAGUGGGUUCUUCCUUUUGUGGUCAGCCGGGAGGGGUUGUUCACAACACCCACCGCCAUACCUCCCUCACCCUUCACAACUACAGAGAGUGGUGUUAUCAGAAGCCUGUAACAGAUCAGGAUGCCUUGAUGCCCAAAUUAGUUUCUUCCUUUCAAAUAUCACCUUCUGACUGUUUCCACCAUGGUUGAGAGGGCUAAAUUAAGACUGUUGUUCUUAGAUGAUUUAUUAACCUUUGCUUUUUGGAAAGGCUUUCAAGAAAUGAAAAAUUUCCCAGAUGCCAACAUCCAUCAUUCAAAAGGCCACCAACCCCCUGCAUCAUCCUUGGGGCCACUCUCUCUUCCUAGCUGGGAUUUCUCUCCUCAGUCCUGAUCAAGGUAUUGUCAUAGAGGUGUUUCCCCUGUAGACCAUGUCCUGAAGGGAUUCCAACUCAAAUGUAGAAAAAUUCUUAAGUCUAUUCAAAACUCCAAAGGUGAUUUCAUGGCUGGGCAUAUUUUAGCACACUUCAGAGGAAAAGUAAAUCUUUAAAUAGAGCAGAAUGCCCAACUACAAUUUAAAGAAACAAGCAAAGAGAGUAUUUUAGUUUCAAAAUGUCUUUGCAACAAAUGAGAAAUCUUCCAAAGGAAGGAACUCUUUGAUGACCCCAUCAGUUUUACUCAUAUAUUCUAGACAUUGGUUAAUAACUUGGAUCUUUUCCACGAGUUCUUGGUGAUAUUUAGUAGGGUUAAUGCGACUACAGUACAUGUGAGUUUGUUCUGGUCCUGUGGCCCUCAGUUCAGUGAAUGUUUUGCUGAAAGUGUUCAUGUAGAUUUGGAUGGUUGACUAUUGGGUAUCACCCGUCAUGAUUUCUAAAGAGACUCCUGCCAAGAACUAUGUGUCCAAAACUUACUUGUUUUAACAGUUGGUGAGGAAUAACUUCAGAAAUUUCAAAAAUCCAUUUUCUCUUGCUGAUUUUCUUUAAAAAUAGCAAUGUUGUAACACUCUAAUAUUUCUACUUACUACCAACAGAGGGAGCAUUAGUUAAUUAACCAAGUCACGGAAUUGUUUUGAAAUUUUGAAAAGCCAUUCAACCCAUGAUAUCAAAAAGAAAAAAUUGGCAUUAAGAAAAAAAUGUUUUAAUCUAGAGGAAAAUGACAUGAAAUCACUCAGCAUAAAGUUAUAAAUGAGAGAAGGCCAAAAGCCACUUUAAAAUGUUUUAAAUUAUUCAACAGUAGCUCAUUUAAAAUAGUGUUCUUAUUCAAACCUUAACAAAGUAGACAACAUUUAUAGUACUGCCAGAAAAGUGGAUCUUGAGUGCCGUUUGGGGCCACUUACUAUCUGAUUCUCAAAUCUGAGGGAAACUUACUUGCCUAACGCUGCUUUGCUACAUAAAAAGCUAGGCAAUUAGGUUAAAAACCUUUUGUUAGUGAACAUGUAGGGGAAGAAGUUCCAGUAGGGUUUGAAAUCCUAAUAUUCAUGCUUUCCCUUCAAAUGAAGUAUCUUUUUUAAAAAUGUUGAGGAUUCCCAAAGAAUUCUUGGUGAGGUGAUGCAAUCAUUAUAAAAAAGUGGACCGUCCAGGUUUGCAUAGUGGUAGACUUUUUCUUACUGUAUAUAUCUUCCUCCCAAACAUCUCCUAAUCUAACAUCACUGGCAGAUUGUUCUCUGGAGAAAGGAAGAGCUAGAUUGUAAUGUAGAGCUAGAUCCAGUCUAAGAGAGCAAUGAACUUGCUGUGGGGCCAUUACUAUAAUGUUUGGGCAUCUGAAAGGGCUGCUUUCCAAACUGGCCUGCAUUUUAGAAAAUAAACCUAUCUGUACCUAUUUCAAAAGGCUAGAGAUGCUUCUCAAUCCUUACCUUCAAAUUAAAUAAUCACCAGCAUCUUAGGAAAUGAGGAAACAUACUUUGCUUGAAGACUAGAGAACUAGCAUGGAUUCCUUUAUCUUUUAACUUCAAAUCCAACAAGCUUCAUACAUUCAGAACUUCAUACAAGGAUGCUUACAAGUGCUAAACAAAAUUUUUUUCAGUAGCCAAGCUAAAAAAAAAAGAAUAGAUAAAAAUGAAAGCGAAUGUUCCAGAUGUAAGACUCUUAGGAGAAAUACAGGGAACAAGAAUUGGUAGGUUUUAGCAAUUUAUGAUUUCAGCCUCAAUUAGCUGAACAAGAGAAAGGAAAAAAGUUAAAGGAAAAUAUUUAUCUCAAGAUGUUUACAUACUUCAUGUAAAAUAAAAUUUCUUAGCACUAAAAACAUUGGUAGCAUCUCAGUAUAGUGGAUUUUUCCCCCUAAUUACAUAAUGCCAAUAUUUGUACCCAAAACAUACCCACAUAUAGCCUGAAAAAAUAUAGCCCUAAAAAAAGGAAGGAGAUAGAAUACAUAGAUCUGAUACAAAUCUACAUAUGAGAGAAGAUUGAGAAACAAAAAAAAAUAUGAAGUGAAAAUCAGUCUUUAUAUCAAGAUAUUUUUUCCUAUGCAUUUUAAUUGAGUUGUUACCUUGAGCAGAAGUAAGUUUUAUAGACAUUUUCCUCCCCAAAUUCUAAUGCUCUGAAUCUGUGCCAUGAGUAAGAUUCCCUGCUCAUGUUCCGCUGCAGUCCAUUCUUCCCUCCCAGGCAUCUUAGGGGUCACUGUAGCUCUUGGCCUUAAAAAGGCAGAUUUGCUUUGUUUAAAAGUCAUAGUGGUUUUAUUUUGUAUCAUCCCAGUACGCUAUAAGGACCAAGAAAACCCUUUCCAACCCAUGAACAGUUAGAAUUUGUGUACUCUGAUAUGAAGAGAGUAAAGGUUUCCUCUGGGUGUGUCUGUUUCACGAAAGUCCUAAUGCCUUGACCUACAUGUACUUCUGUCACACAAGCACACAAAGAAUGUGUGCCAGCCUAGGCCCCGAAUCAUUGUUUUCCCUCAGCACAGAAAUUGAAAAUGAGAUGUGCCCCUUAUUAAAUCCCUCAGGGCCCCGAGAGAACAUAAUGAAGGCUUGUAUCUAGUUGUGGCUCCUCCAUAAAACUCCCAACACUGUUGCUCUGAGUUAAAGGGGUAAGGAAGUAGGUUUGGAGCCUUCCUCUGUUGCUGUAGAAGAUGUUAUUUAAUUAGUUAGGGCUGAGAACAGAGGACAUGUGAUUCUUCAGCAAAGGUAUCAGAUCAGAGAUGCAGAUCAGGGCUGCCUCUGCUGUAGCCCCGGAGGAAAAGGACCCAAAAGGAAGGUGCGGAGGAAGAGCAGACAACCUGAGAUGCCCUUGGGAUUUCGGACGAGGAAGCCUGCCCUUUCUGUUGUGACCUGACUCUUAAAAGAAAUCUUCUGAAAGAAUUGUUUAAUUUAGUAACGAGUUGAAGUCUGGGGUAAUGGAAGCCCUGGGGGAGAGAACAAAGGGUUUGCAAAGUAUUCAGCACCCAAUAGUGUGAAACCGAAAAACAUCCAAUCACAAUACGAGCAAGUUUGGCGAGAGGUUUAGAGAAACGUCUGGGCUUUUCCAUGGGUAGGGUUGACAGACUCUCUUUUGAGUGAUUUCUGGCUCUGAGAAACCUCUUUACUCACAAGAAAAGAACUUUAUUUAAAUGGCCAGUUUUGUCCCCCAGAGAAAGAAAUUAACAGAAUAAAAUAGGACACUAAAGACAGAACCAUGUGACUUGGUGACUAACAAAAGGAAGGGCAUGCUAGGAUUUCAAUAGACCCCCUAAUUCCAUAGAAAAAACAAGGCAAUCCAGUGCCUCUCCAUCUGCAGCGUGCUAAGAGCCCAGCCAAUGGGCCUUUCUGAGGCUGGACACAACUCUCCAACUGGGACGGUGGCGGCUUCUUUCUCUUCUCUGUGUUUUCAUGGAGAAAAGGGCUGUUCUCUUAGGUGCCCAGGAAAUAGAUUACAUGGGGCAAACUUUCAAAAGCAGUCUCUAGCCUGGUGCCGAGGCUGCACACAGAGACAAGGGGCACAGAAGAGCUGUUGCUUUAGAGAGAAAAUGUUUUCCUAUUCCCAAGGGCUCUCUGACAGUUGCCAUUAUUGAUACUGCUUGAACCCUCCACAAGAAGGAAAGUUGUGAUGACUCACUGAGUGUUCUGGACCCCCAGAAGGUGGGAACUACUGACCCAAAGCAUCGUUUCUAGGACUAGAUAUUAGGAUGAUUAGCCUAACCAAAAUACUCCAGAGAUUUUUCUAAGUCUCUGAUCAGUUUUUUCUCCUUUAACACUGAUUCCAUAGCUGCCACAUGAGCAGGUGUACAUUAACAGAUCCCAGAAGAUGGUGUGAAACACAAGGGUUUGUUUCAAUUGCUUUGCAGGGGAAGUAUGUUUCACUGCAGGAGGGUUAAAAGUGCCCUGGGUGGAAACAGGAAGCGUCGUCUUUCCACACCACUGACCCAGAUUCCAGUGGUUCUUCAGGCUUUCAGCCUGUGGCUCCAUAAACGGAAUGCUUUCAGACUAAAAUCUAAUCUGAAGUGACCUCUGUUAAAAGUAUUUUCACAAGAAGCCACUUAGAGGAAAGAAUUAUUACCUUAAAUCAGAAAGCCCAGGGAAGAGGACAGAAGAUAGAGAAAUUGGAAGGGUGUGAAGACGUGGACAUUUCUUGCUCUUUAAUGGUUGCAUUAUCACAAAAAUGAGCCCUAUUCAUAAAUGAAGACGAUGGAAACAGUGACUUUUGGGGGAGGUACCCAGCUUGCCUGGAACUGGCUGCUCUCAAGAAGUGGCUGCUAUUUCCUAUUCUUUUUCAGUGGCCUAAAUCUGGGCUGGAUGUAAAACAGACAUCACACUAGCUAAAUAGUGAAUCCCACAAGACAGGAUCAUAGGUACCUGGGAUGCCACUUUUGAUCAUUUCCUUCACAGAGAGAACAAUCUCAACAAGAAGCUUUCUUUCCCUGUACAGUGUGUAUCACUAAGCUUUUUUUUCUCGGUUUAGUGAGCAUCUGGUUUGUCUGGUGGUUCUUUGUUUAAAUGCAAAUUCACAACUUUCAACUCUCCAAUGAUGGAGAAUAAUUUGCAGAUCAUAGGGAAAAUCUAACCACCAUUAUGGGAGUCCUGGCUUUUGAGAUACCUAAUUCAGGGGUAAAAAGUCCCCUAACUAGCCCUCUUUCAAAUUCAGAGGUUUCCUUGUUUCAAAAUGCCUAGCUGAGAUUCUGAUACACCCAAGAUAGGGAAAAAAAAAAGAAGUUAACCCCAUAGAAGACACCUGUGUCUACUAAUGUUGCAACAGCAAUUUGUUCCUGCCCAGCAAAAUCAUUGCAAUUUGUAUAUAGAUUCUAGCCAUGAAAGGGACUUAACCCAUCUAGUUUGUCACAGCUGCUGUCCCAAAUGUCUGUAAAUGAGAAUCGUUACACAGGUACACAGGCAAGGCGAGGUGCUCUCAGUGCAAAACUGUAACACAUUCAUAUUCGCCAGUGACAACAGGGUAGAUUCUGAAAUUUCUGAUUAGUCAAAGGUCUCACAUACCUUAUUCUGUUCUGUUGCCUUAGUUGGCGCAUCAAUGCCGUCCACAGGGUGCGCUGAGGCUUUAGGGCAUUGUGAAGGGGCCUAACCGUCAGUCAUUUUCUCCUUGCCCCCUUCAUGAGAAACUUGAAUGUGCUUGUGUGGAGUAGAGCACACUUAACAAACUCUGCCCUUCUCCUGGGUUUACCAGUGUGCGCACGUGUGUGUUUGCAUGCUUACCAGUAGUCCUGGCAGGGAGGAGGGUGCGUGUCUCAAAGCACACACAGGCAUUGGCCCUGGAGCAUAGAUACGGUUGCCUCUUCCCACCACUGUGCUCAAGACUUGUGGCACCCUUCCCAGGAAGCAGUCACCUGCCCACUCUGUUGCUUUUUGUAGCAUUUCAGAGUUGGGAGAAACAAAGGCAGCUUGUUGGAUCCACAGCAAACCUACAGUGACAGGCUGUUUUCCUCCCAAAGAAGGUAAAACAGAAGUACUCAACUGGCGAGCAGACAAGGGGGAGCAGCAGUCUGGGUCUCUUGCGGAGGAGGGAGCACUGAGGCCAGGCAGGCCUGUACAGACUUUGGCCUAAGCCAGCCCGAGGCUUAAAGGCCUCCAUUCCUUUCCUCUAUGCAACCCAGUGUGUGCACACGAACAGCCACAGCCACCCACUUGUACAUUUUACUCCCAAACUAAAGAUUCCCAGUCCUGUCUACAUCUGCAGGACAUCAUCGUGAUUCACAGACUGUGUCUCCUGAAACCAAUGUGGCCUUUGCCGAAGUCUUUCCAGGAGUGAGUUGUUUACCAUGUCUAGCAAACCAAUAGACUCGAGGGAAUAGUUUUUGGAAUUCUCUACAAAUGCAUGGCUCUUGCCCAUCUCUAAUGUGAGAGUAGAAUGCCAUUCUCAUGUACAAUCCUGAACAAAUGGCCCUGGCUCUUAUAGUUGACUCUGAAAGGUGGCCUGGAAACAGUUGGGAUUCAGCUUUUUCACUCCCAUGCCCUUCUUUUUCUAGAUGGUUUAUUACUUUUUAUGACAUGUAGAUUAUUUCUGCUAAUUUACAGAAUUCAGAGGACAUUUUCUUUCCUCUUCUAUUUUGGUGACUUUCUGCCUCCCCCCUUAAGUAAGGCUACUUAGAGUUGCAAUCUUUUUGUUGUUACUAUUUUUAAAAAUGUAUAUUGUCUUUCUAUAUCCAAAAGAAGUCUGUGACUGUAACCAUAGGUAUUUCUUUUUACUGGAAAAAAUAAUGAUUUUGUCUUUUUUUAAUUAACAGUUCUAGUGACUUUGUGGAAUAUGAGUUACUAUUUAGGUAUGCUUACUUAAGUACAGUACACUACAUUGCAGUAUUUCUGAAAGCUAGAACAUACACAUUAUAUAUAAUAAGUUUAUAUUGAAAUAUAUAUUACAUUAUAUUCAUUUUAACUUUGGAAUUCUGCCUAUGACAUGAGUUGAUUGAAAUAUUGGUUCUUUGCAUUUAUCACCCAUCACCAACCCACUGCAGUUAAUCUGGUGCAUUUAAUAAUAAUCAUUACUGCUCUAUUUUGCUUUUUAUACUAUCAGCUUCAGUAUUGUCUUUAUAGGAUUAUAGAUUUUUUUUUAAGAGCUCAGACUUAACACAUGUAGGAAAGUGAAAACUUAACUUUUAAGAAAAUGGUUCUUUUUUUUUUUUUUUUUGGUGUGGCAAUACAAAGAGGUUCAUAUUCAAAGUGAUCUUGUUUAGCUGACCCUCUCAGUAUCUGAAGAACAAAAGAAGUGCAUAUGAAUGUAUCUGUGAUUUCCCCUCUCGGACUGUCACUGUCUAUAUUUGAAUUUAAAAUAUGACCAGGGGGCUGCUUACCCUAUAUGGUCCAACCAACAAUUAGAGGCUGCAUUUGAAAGAAAGGGCUGCUCAUCUGAGAAGCUUAGGGCAGUGAAAUGCCUGUUGUCUCAACUUGUCCCUAACUCUGAUUUUAAUAGUUUUUUUAUUGACUACUGUCUGUUUUUAAUAUGCUUAUGAUAAUUUUAACUAGUCUUCAGUCCUUCCCUGGAGGCAGUUUGGCAAUAGAAUACUCAUUUUCCUAUGAGAUUUUUAAAAUAAAACCAGAGUUUGAGGAACUUUUUCAUGACAGAAGCUGAUGGAAAUAGAACUCAGAAAUAUGUAAUCUCAUUUUUCAGUCUGCUGAAUCCAUGAAAUGGUGGCUCGUGGGUAUCUGGCCCUCAGUAUCUCCAUUUGCCUGUUAAUGUGGGGGUUUGUUGCCUUUCUUCUUUGAUCAGGCCAUCAUGGAAAUUUCAGAAAUUAGGUAUCUUGUCUUCCUAGCAAGAAAUAUUUUCAAAUAGCAUCUUCAGAUAAAGAGUUUCCUCAGCUUUCCCCAGCUACUCAACCUAAUGCUGGAAAACUCCACAGCUGGUUAACCUUACAUCCAUCCUGGGUGCCUAAAGCCAGUCUCAUUCUCUUGGUUCUAUAUUCAGGACGAAAGGAAAAUGUGUUCAUAAUCCCCAGUGUGAAAACCCUCCCACACUGGACCAAAAUUAAUGCUUCUCAAUGUAAAUAACACCAAUUCCUAGCCUGCAUCUUUCCUAGUAUGUUUUUAUUUUCAAAUCCCAUCCCAUUCGACUGUGCCCCUGCCCAAGUCCCUCCCCACCCUCCUUACCCUCUCAGUGCCCUCCACUUGUGAAGUCUGGUACUCACUAAGAACUCCCUCCUCCAGUCUACUUUGAAAGGGCUAACUUAUAUCGAGUCUAAUAGCAAAAUUAUCAAUUUGUUUAUCCAGUAUUGCCUUGACAAUAUGUCAACUAAAUACAUCUCAACAGGACAGACAUAAUUGUACAUUGGAAGGUAGUGGGGCUGUUCCUCUUCCAAGGGAUCAGGUAAUCCCCAGCUUGUACCAACUUUAUUCUUUUCCUCUUUUCUCUUGCUAAGCCUUUCCCUUUAUUUCUUGUUUCUCUCUAAGACUACUUUAAACCUCUUAUUGUAGAAGUUAUCAAUAUACUUUUGAGAGUGGGAGGCCCUGAGUCACAGUUUUAAAUGUCAACUGUACUAGCUGAGGUCAUUAAUUCCUUUCACCUUUACAUUUGGCCAAAGAUAAAGAGAAAAAUAUUUUCUGGUUUUUUUUUUCUUUAAAUACCACAGUGUUCAAAUUCCUGAUAUGAGUAGACCAUUUCUGAGGGAGAAAAAAAGUCAUCAAUGUCAAUUCUUUCAAUUCCUGCAAAUAUUUAGCUGAAUGAUGUAUUUACCAGGUAUUAGAUUUAUAGAAAUCUAACAAAAGGGAUACCAUUUCAAAAUAAUCUUGGUAACUGCUCCAGCAUAAUUGAGCUCUUCUACAACAAGGAAAGCUACUUCCACUCAAACACAUUAUAGGAAACAAGAAGAAUUUUUAUCAUUUAUUACCUUUUAAAAAAAUAAUUCUUUAUUGAUUUAGGAUGUUAAGCAGUUUACUAAGAGAUGAAAAUAUCUAUAAAGUUUUUAAAGUUUCUACUUUGCAACCAGCUCUUUUUAAAAUGUAAACUUAAUGUGUGUUUAAAUGAAAGAAUAAUAGAGUUGGAAAAAUACUUGAAAGACCAUGUAAUACACUCCUUAGUAUCUAAUAUUCACCAUAUAAUCUGACCAUCUUAUUUCAAUGAGUUACAACUGUCCGGCUGCCAGAUCAUUGCCUAAAAGACUGAUACCACUCUAUAUCUGUCCCUUUACAGGAUGAUCAUAACCUGAUCUUAACAGCAACCCUGUAGUAGUCUUUCCUAGCCCAACUCUCUUGCAUUGCCUUUUGUCUCCUAUGAGGACAGAUUCUGUGGCAUAUAGAGUGUUACCUGGUUCUGUGUGCAGGCAUAUCCUUUCAUUUCUUGCUUUACCCACUGACAAACAGAAUCAAUGUUUAAUAUCAGAAAUCUAUUCUUAAUUUGGCUUGAGGCCUGACCUAGCUUUCAUCUUAAUCAAACCAGCUAAUAACAUCAGCUCCCACUGCAGACAGCAGUGAGAUAAAGAGAGGGUUCAAAAGCCUUCCUGAAUCACACCUCUAGUAGGAAAUCAACAUUUCUUAAAGUCAGUAUUUAUGAUGCUUAAGAGUGCGAUCACUUGGUUUGUUCUCCUAAUCAAUCCUAUCUCCUUCUCUUCCUUUGUCCGUUCCGACUCCAUCUUUUUUUAAAGUACUCUCCUCAAAAGUACUCUUCUCAGACAUUGGAUUCUGAAGAAAUAAAAGACUCUUUUAAAUCCUAAAUACUAUCAUUUAAGUGCAGCGUGGAGAGGAUCUAGUUCUGAUAGGUCCCAUCUGGUCCAGCAAGGAUUUCUCCAGGAUGCUUUCUUGACCUCAUUCCUUCUAGUUCCCCGAGAAGAGUUCUAGCCCUGAUAUUCAGGAUUUCUCACCACAACCUCUGCAUUAGUCCAGUUUAAUGUCUAAAUCCUGUUUACUAUUCUAGAGACUCCAGGAUAUGAAUUUCUUGUUGCUUAUGAGCCUCCUGCUUUUCUAAGCUGACAGCUGUCAGGAGCACCAAUCGCCCUAACAGUAACUAAUGCAGCAAAAUAAUGGUCAAAACCAUUAUAGUAUGUAUUUGGGAGGACAAGAAGGGAUUUCUUUCUUCUUUUCCCCCAUAAAAAGCUUGCUUCCUUCCCUCCCCCUUCCCACCACAGUGUAUUUCAGAAAAUCUGCAUCUCAUUUUACAGUUACUUAGUUUUAGGAUUUGCAAAUAUACCUUAGCAAAUGUUCUGAGAUUGAGGCUGGUAGCAAACCAGUUUAUUUUCUGCACUGGACUUUAGGACAAGUGUGCACAGAUGCAAUUCCUUCAAAGAAAGUGAAACUAACAUAGUAAAGCAAAGGGAUAAUACUUUUACACAUUAAAACAGUUGUUUGCUAUCUGUACACCUUGAUUUAAACAUAAUUAUUAGUUUUUAGAAACCUGAAACUGGAGGAAUGUGUAUUUUAGUAGAGUUUGUUUGUUGAUUUGCUUGUUUUCCUUUGUCUCUUUCUUCUCAAUAUAGUGAAAGGUUUUGAUCCUUCAGUUUGAUACGGUCCAUGGCCAUAAACAUCAGUCACAUAACCUCCCACCCUUAUCAGCCUCCUUUUCCCCUUAGAAUGAAGAGCCUUCCAUUCUACUAUUCAUGAGUCUUUUCUCCAUGAAAAUCUUUUCUUCCUUUUCAAGUAGCACUUGACAGCUUUGAGAAGAGAAAUUCUCUCUGCAUUUUCAGGGUAAAAGAGUUAAUAUAAAAACUAUUCCUUGAGAAAGAAACCCUAUUUACCUAAACUAACCAGUCUGGGGCCAAAGAAUGGGAAUUGAUGGCAGAUGAAGGUCAUGCAUUUUACACUACAAAUCCUUAUUGCUUCCUCAAGGUGUUGCAGUAAGGCUAGGAAUUAAUUAAUUUAAAGAAAAACUUAUUUGGAUGUUUCUUAUUAAUAUCUAGUGCAGAAUACCCAGGAAAGAAAAAAAAGAAUGCUCCUAAAAUGUCAAAACCAAUUGAUUUAUAGGUUUCUACAAUUGUUCCAAUUUCUUUUCUAUGCAUUUCAAACUUGUACAUGUUUGUGAGAUCUUAAAAAGAGAAACAUCUGCUUCUCCAUCACUUCUUAUCUCCCACACCUGGCACUGGAAGCGAUAGUCACAGAGGGAGAUGAGCACUGCAUUGCCAAUCUGUCACCCACCCAUACCCCCCACCCCCAAGACAGGGAAAGAAAAACCCAAUUAGAAACUUUUUAAGAAGGAAAUUAUAGGGCUUCAUUUGAAAGCAUACUGUUUUCAACUCAAUUUACAGAUAGCCUGACAACCUUUUUAUAACCUGUCUUUUGUGCUAUAUUUCGCAUUCUUGCUCAAUCUUUAAAAUAAUUGCAAUGUCAACUAAGUGAACAGAGGAAAAGCAAAGAGGAGAGACAGGACAAUGUGAUAGGACUAAAUUUGAUACAGUUCUGGAUUCCUAAGGCCAGUUCUCAGGGUCACCAGCUAAAGUUAACGCUGCUCACCCUUUGCCGUUCGUGCCCAUCCUCACUAUUACAGUCCUGAGAAUUAGUAAGAUAACCUCACUUCUUUGUGACUUAAGACUUCUUUUAAUAACUAUCAAAACCAUAUAAGGGAAACUGUAGAAACCCUUGAUUGCUCCUAUAUCUAAUUUUCUCUCCAGGGCAUAUGCAGAGAGAUAACUGAAAAUAAAAUAAUGGUUUCAAAUUUAAUACAAGAUUUAGACAUAAUCUAGACGCUUUGUGUACAUUCACUGCCAAAGGGUUCUUUGAAAAAUAUAUCUAGUCAACUCUUCUCCUGCUCUCCUUGGGACCAACUUUGAUUUGGAACCAUCUCUUACGUAGCUUUGCAGGAGGAAAUUUUCAAAGGCAUAGUCAGCAGUUAAAUUCCUUCCUUCAUCCCACUGAUUUGAACCUCAGUUUUCUUGAGAGGCCAAUUGAGAUACAAAUUAAGGGUAAUUUUCAUAUUUCUAACUAACAUUGUUUUUUGCACUAUUGUUGAAAGAAUUGUGGUUUUCAGAGUAAAUGAAAGCAGGGUCUCUUCAUCAUGGCAAACAAAGUCAAGAAGUUGAUAGUAUAAAGAAAAUGUAUAGUAACUUUACAUUUGAAAGUAGUUUGAGGGUGUUGACUCCACUAUGCGAAAUGCCUGUUUCAAUAAUCUAUUCUACACUAAGUAUUGAGACUCCUGAGACUUCCAGCAUGCAUGUGUGGUGGGUAUGAGCGGACAGACAGAUUUACAUUUGGAGAGUGGAGACCCAGACAAAAUGAAGGGAUUGAUUCUUGAGGAUUAUCAAAUGCAAAGCAUUUCUGUAGAAUCACUCAAUACUACAGUAUCCCAAACCAAUUCCAGAUUAAUCUUAAAUGAGAAGUAGGCUCCAUAAGAUAUCCUACUAUGAAUGUUUUUUUUUCUUACAGAAUAAUACAAGAAGAGGUACAAUGCAGACUCUUUAAUUUUGAUGUAAUAAUUCACUUUUAUAUUUAAUAGUUGUACUUUUUAUGUGAGUGUGCUGUUGAGCUAUUUGUACCAAUUUUCAAUCAUCCUGAGAGGGGCCUUGUGAAUUUCUGUGUAUGUGUAUGUAGAUCUGUAUUUAUGUGUAGUCAGAAAAAAAAAAGUGGGGAGGAGAGUAAGGAGGGGAGGGAGAGGGUGGUCAGUGUAAAGAAGUGAGUGCUUCUAGUGUCCCUAUUUAUGUUAAGUAAGGUGGCUGCUGCCUGCAGCCCUAGAAGAAUAGCUGAUUGCACUAUUCAAAAAUAAGAGCCCAGCACUGUUAAAUUUAGGGUCAUAUCUUGGGAAACAGAAAAGCUUUAUCUUUUUCUGUACUCAUUCCCUUCAGCACCGGAGCCAUUUGACAUGAUGAAAACCAUUCAAUAAAAACCACUACUGACCUUUGCAUUAAAUAGCUAUUUUCCUCUUCUAAAUACUACCCCUGGUUUCAACUCACCUACUUUCCUUUAUUUUCUGCCUACAGACUUAAUGUUUUAAAACAAUAACACAUAGGUGCGUGCUAGUUAUUUCUCUCCUUUGAGCUGAAACCAACAGGGGCAAUGCAAGAGAUGACUGGCUUACAGAAGCGUGAGGUCAAGACUCAAUUCCCCACUUCGGGGCACUGGUAACCUUUAGUCAGAGCUGUUUAGGAGUUGAGCUUGGGUCUGUUGUAGAGCUUUUUUUUUUUUUUUUUGCACUAAAUAUGACUGCACUGCACUGCACUACUGAGAUGUCCUGACGUGUGCCAGGGGAGUGUGUUAGGAGGGUGGGGGAGAAGGAGGCAAGUUAGGAAACUAGAAGCAUCACAAACAUGGAGGGUUAUUUCCAUCGUGUUUGGUCUUAGCCGAGUUGGUGAGAAUCUGGGAAAUCUGCUGACUCUUGAUCAGGCCUAGAAACUGCCGUGCUGCUAGCAUCUAUUUUGUUUUUCAAAGAAGCUGUGUCAGUACAGUAGAUUGAAGACGGUAAGAAGCUCACCAUUGUUGUCUCCAGCUAGGCUUUCAGGAAGAGGUGUGACGGUGAGGCAGCCCGCCUCGGCCUGCGCCGGCCAGCCCUCUGCUCAUGCGCAUUCCAGCGUGGCAGGUGACUGUGGUAUGUCCUCCUUCCCAGCAAAAUCUGACCUUGUCCCUAGUGGAGAUAGCCUCUCGGCCUGAGCAUGCUUUUCCAUCCCUGGGUAAACCUAGAUCAGGCGAACCAAAGAGGAAGGCCAGGCAGGUGGUAAAAUCCUUUAAGAUGGCAGUAAGGGAACAGUGCAAUAAACACUGAAAACCAGUGAGCUGAAAGCUUUGUUUUCAAACAAGCUAGGCCAACUUUGAGACCGAAGGAAGGGUGGCAGGAUCGAUCAGAGCCUACUUACUAGCUGCUCCGUCAUAGACUAUCUUAAUUAAGCAGAAGAACUUAACAGUGCCUAAAAGUUUAGUUUUGAAGUUGUUGGAUUUUUUUUCAAUUUUUCUCUUUUGGAUUUAUUUUUAUUGCCUUUUUAAAUCUUAGAAGUAGUUGAGUUUGACAGCUUUUUAGUGACUAUGAAUAAAAGAAUAUUGCACCACAGAAAAAGCAAUAGAUUAUGUAGAAACUAAGAACCGAAGAGUGAAGAUGCUGAAGGACUAUUCCAGAAUCCAAGGCAACAGCAUGGAAGACUGGUUCAGUAAGAAAGGGUCACAACCCGUGCAAAUGGCUGGUGUUGGAUUUCUCUGAAUGUCACCACAAUGUGGGGGCAGCCAUUCAGAAGACCCUCAGUUGAGGCCUCUUUCCUAGGAUUCAACAUCAAUAUCUCAUUCUCUCUCCUCCUUAGCAUCCAUCCAAGUCUCCUAUUACAAGUCAAAAAAUUUUUAAGGAAGCUGUCAGCCUUGCUAGUCAGAAAAACCCAUUUCAAGCUCUCAGAACUAACACAAGCAAUCCCUUAAGCAUUCAAAGCAUUAUCUCAAUUUUAAAUAAGAAACUCUAAAUUCAGAGCUCUUAAUAGGUACUUACAGAUGUGUAUUGGGUAAGCACUAAGAGGAUAUUGACUGCGCCAAACCAAAGCUAUAGAAAGAAAUAACUGACCUUUUAAAAUAUGUUCCCAUUAACUGUCCUAGGAGACUUCACUUGAGGCUUUGGAAAAACAACUCCUUCCUUGAAACUUGCAGACCCAUUCCAGUUAUGUCACCAAAGAUUUUAAUCCCUGGAGCUCAAUCUCCUCUCUCCCAGACAAAAGUAAUAUAACAAGCUCAAGGGAUAUGCUUCGGUGGUCAAGGGAUGACCCUUUGAUUUUCAUUCUCUUCACAAUGAUACUUAUAGGAGACUUGCUAGAGGUGCUACUGAACUGUCUUUUUGACUUAGGGUUUGGUCAGAGGUUUAAAAAAACAGGGACAAAAUAAAUAAUAGUACCUGACACUGAAAACUAGUCUUAUUAGAGUCAUGACCUGGAGACUGAUGGAGAGAAAGAAACUUCCAUGGGAGAGAGUGAGCUCAGUCAGUUAGAACCAAACAAGGACCAUAGGGAAAUGAGGGCCAGCACAGACACAGAGUGCUGUGCAUGGCCAGAGCCAAUAGCAGGGGCAAGUGGGGGAGUCAGACACCUGGCCAAUGAAUUCAAGUACUGAAAAAGCCACGGUCUGGGUUUCAUAGUGGUUGCUGGAGUGGUUAAGGUGUCCAUGCCCACAGCAAGGAAAAUGCUGAGGCUGAUGUGUUGUGAUGGUGCCUUUCUUGUGGUGGUGAGUACGAGAUUAAUAAUUUGUCUGGUUAGGCUCUCCUGACCAUCUCCCCCAGUUUUUGGAGGCGGUCUGAAGGGAUAGUCCUCACUUAGGAUGAAGGGACAGGAUAUUGCUCCUGGAAUGAUGUGAUUUGAUGAUAUUUGCACUAGAUUCUAAACUCUACUUUAAACUGGAGCAACUGAAUGAGAGAAAAACCAAGGAUAGUUCAAAGUUAAAAGAAACCAAAAGCAGUAUUUUGUGAAAAAUGCCAUUUCUUCUUCUUUUUUUCUGGAAGUAAACUUCAUACUUGUUGAUUACCAAACUCAACUCUUGUCAAUUCUUUUCCUUCCCAUUUUUUCCCACACUGAAACAUCAGUGUGGAUUAACCAUCUGAUAGGAAUGGUUAACAUUAAGGGCCUCUGUCAGUAUAACUUUGCCCCCCCUACUCUGCUUCAUCAGGGCAUGGAGUAGUGGGGCAGGGAUCCUCCAGGGCCAACCAGCUCUUAUGAAGACCAAAUAGCACAGAUAGCAGACAGAGAGCUGAGCUGAUACAGAUUUGCUCAGAGGACACUAGGGUCUGUAGCUAAUCCUAAAGGGUGCUCGGAAAGAGAAGGAAACCAGUGUGAGGAAGAAACAAAGGCAGGUGGCACCCAAAUGUUGUCCCGUUCUCAUUCCUUUCUUUUUCCCACCUCACCUCCACGUCUGCUCUGUCAGAAUUACCUUUCAUCUCAUGUAUUAGAUGUCACCAGAAGAAUGAUUUGGUUUCUUGGUUUCUCUCUUUAUCAGUGAGCUGGGAACUCCUCCCAAACUAAAACCAGACACCACCAGCGUCUCCCCUGUGGCCCACCAGUUUCUCAAAUGCUUGUACCUGGUCUUGACUGGGCAACUAAAAAAGCUGGGGAGCUUUGGUGGGCUCAACAGCCCGUCCAUUUUAUUUUCAUUUUGUUUCCAUUUCCAUUUGAAUUUUGAGUGAUCCUAUGGAAUGGUGGAGAUCACUGGAAGGAUUUGGAGGUUGCAGUUCUAGGGCACAGAUUGUCAGGAGUUUGUAUUACCCAAAAUAUAUCUUUCUACACCUGUUUUCAGUUUAAACUGUUGCCCUGAUUAUAAUUUCUAUUAUAUUUGUGGUUAUUUUUAUAAGAAUAGAGUCCAUUUACUAUGUCUAUUUGAGUACUUUUUUUCUAUUCUCCCCACAUGGAUGCAGUACCAACCUGUUAAUGAAAUAUCUUUUUAUUAUAUUAUUAAUAUGUAAUUCUACUGUAGACCAAAAAUAUAAAAACAAAUUUGUUCAUUUUAAAGAUAUAAAGAACUAGUGAGUAAAAGAUUAAGAGUUGAAGGAAAAGACAGAAGAGCAGUGGUUAACUAUGUUGAGUUAGAAAUCUAAGAGUAGCCUUACCUAUUUUUUAACCAGUGCUUGCCAAUCAUACCAUAGUUGGGAUUAUAUAGUCUUGGCUCCUUCAUGCUUAUGUUCUUUAAUUCUUGUUUGUCUGUUUGUUUUUCUUUGAUGUAAUUGAGGUUGCACAUCAUGCUAUUUUUGGCAAUGCCUGAUUUUAUUAUAUUGUACUUUAAUCAGUCAUUUCCUUUAGAAGGAUGGGGAAAGGUUUUAUUUCUUCUUUUAAUUUAAAAUUUGUUUAAUGCACUGGAAAUAAAAUUGGACACAUUUCACUGUUUAAAAAAAAUCAGAAACAAAACAGAACAAAAACCACAAAGAAAAAACCAGCAAUCAAUUAAGCAACAGGAAAAAAAAAAGCUAUGAAAAGAAAUCUAUAUAUACGGAAUACACAUACAAAAUAUAUCCCACAUGGAAGAGAAAUACCAUCAAAUAAGAAAAAAAGACGUCAUUUAAGCUACAAUGCUGAAAAUAUCAAAGAAAUCUGGGUUCAGUGGGGAUGGAGAAAUAGGGCAUUCCUUUGAGACCUAGAUUUGGUCAUUGUCCCCGUUAAUGCCCACACAUGUGAAAAGCGGGAGAGGUGACUGUGAGGAAAUAACCCCAGCCUUCCUCAUACCAUUGGAGUGCUCCGUUGCCUUUUAUCCUAUGCUGGAGCUCCAUUCUGAGGGGAAAAAAAGUGCAAUGAGAAAGUGGCUUGUAUAGAGGCAUGUGUACUGAACAUAGGUGGACACGGUUUAGUGUCUGCCCACGUACUACUUCACAUGUUUCUUUUCUCCAUGAGGACUUGCUGCAGUUAGUCCUGCGACCUGAGAGACUGUAAAUGACUCAUGUGAACAUCCCCUAAAGCUGAAGAACUUUUUGACUCCUACCUGAUCUCCCUUCUUUAACAUUCCCAGACACCAACAGAGCCAGCUAACCUGUGCAAAUGCACAAGGAAAGGAAAGAGACACGCUUUUCUCAGCCCACUGGCUUUUUCAUUUAACAGUUUGCUGGGUUUUUCUGGUUUUGUUUUGUUUUAGCGAAGGGGUGGGAGAGGAUGUAACUUCACAAUCCUAAUACAGUAAUCGUUUUGCAUCUUCCAUGUUUUAUGCAAAAACAAACAUUUAAAUCAAUAAAUAUAACUGUGCCCUAGACUGAAAGUUAAUGUUUAGGAGAGGAAAAAAAAAAUUGUUGGAAGUUUUUCUACAUUUUUUUGUGAAGAAUCUUUUUUGGAAAGGAAGGAUACAUAUUUUUGUUGUGUAAUAAUUUUCUAUUUUUGAAUGCAUUUUAUUGGUACAAGACUGUUUUUUUGGUGAAGACAUUAUUUAAAAAAAAAAGAAAAAAACUAAUUGAAAAGUUUGCCCUUAAGGAUAUGCUGCAGUUUUGAGGUUAAAAAAAAAUAACUGAUUCAAGAUGCGUGUUAAAAGUUGGGAUUAUAUUGUUGUUUUUUGUAAUUGUUACAAGAAGAAGUUUGUACCCACUGCUGUUUAUUUUGUUUCAGAUGAGUAACUAAAGGGAUUGUUCUUGUUUUAUUCUUUUUUUAGAGAAAAAAAAGCUAUUUAUGAAAUGUCAAAAACACUGGACUGUGAGUUUAAGUGUGGAAGCAUUUUACCACCCUGUGUCUUCGACCAGUUAUGGGAAACCCCUUUUCUCUUCCCUCCUGCCUUAGCCUUGCCAAAUGAGUAAAACCUAACAGCUGUCAGAUGAUCUAAGCCACUGAAACCCUGCUUUAAUUUUUACGGUUAAAAAAGUCAGAAAACCAAAGUUAAAUUUGUUUCUGAAAUCCCACUGUCCGUAGCCCUUUUUUGUAUGACACAGCCCCUCGGCUCAGCCUCUCCAUCUUAGAUCAUUGCCUUCAUAAGGACCGGGGGGCCAACUCGGGUGCAAAGAGAGGCAUCAAGGUGGUGAGCCUGACCUCUGAGAUCUCAGGAAGUCAACGUGAGUGGGACUUCAGCCUCUCUGUGGGCAACUGCUCUGUCCCAUCCUGCAGCAGGGCUGCCCCAGGAGCACGCUGCUUAUGCCACCCGAGCAGAGAGACUCCUGUGGCCUCCACCCUGGGCUUCUAAGCCCUUCCUUACUGUGGUCUCCAGAAUAGCUUUGCCUUUCUCAGCAGCCCACAUUCCAUUCCAUGGAUGGGGCAGGGGAGGAGGGAUCCAGCUGAAAGAAAUGGCUGGGGAAGCAGUGAAGGCCCUCCCAGCACUGGAGGUAGGGCAAGGCCCAGCACGUGAGGGAUCUUGCCUGCCUUGUCUUUGGAUCUGUGGACUGUCCAUCCAGCUGCUCACUGUGAAGAUGGAGAGGCAGAGUGCCUGAAGGCUGUUCAAUAGCUUUUCCGUAUUUUUUCAACAUUGAAAAAAUAAUUUUUAAAAACUGUGAUUUUUAAGAAAAUCAUUUGGCUGGAGGGAAGGGAAAAGGGAAACACCAUAAGCUGUAACAUGAUUAACUGGAGAUAUUUAACUGGGGGAACUUUCUAGACCAAGACAAACGAAUUCCACUCUGGACCCUAAAGCAGCCCAAUCUGGAGACUGUCAGUGACAGAAAGCUGAAGAGAGGCCUCCAUUUCCUCCUUUCUCCUUUCUUCUCUCUGUCUCAGAAUGCUCUCCUGUCUUCCUUCUCCAGCUUCCUUGGACUACUGCCCCAAAGGCCCUUGGACUCCCAUCUCAUGUGUGUGCACACGCACACAUGCGCCGCCCACACACAAACUUACAAAAUGCAUUGUUCUUAAGGAUUGUGGGACCGAAUAAAAUCAUGUGCCUUCAUUUUUCCUUUUAUAGUUAGAUGAACCUCUUCUUUUUUACACUAUUUUUUAAAAAGGGGGAGGUUGAGGUGUUAAUGCAGGACUUGGGCAUCAUUUGAGAAGUAAUUUUUGCUUAACACAUUCCCCCUGAACAUGAAACACAAACAUUUCAAUCCCCUCACGAUGCUUCCUGGACAUUUAGGGCCUAAAAUAACCAGAUACAUGACAGCCUAAACCCAUCUGAUUUAGAGCAAUUCCUGAAAAUUCUAUCUCCUAGACUUUUUUGAUUUUUUUAUCAAAAAUAAGGUGAGCAACGGCAAGCAGCCUUGUUCUCCCGAUUUGGUGCUUUUGCAUGUGGCAUGGGGUGGGCGUGGGGGUGGGGGGAGUGGGCGUGUUAGACAAAGGGUGCAUUCCUAAAGAUCUCUGGUGCUGAAGGGCCUCGAGAUCCUUCCAGAGACUGCAUUUGACACAUUUCAGUACACACAAAUGAAUGGUAUCACAUGCAAUAUUUUAAUGGAGCGAUGGGAGAGGCUCUUUGAAACGGGGUUUUGCAUCUUUUUGUAACAUUUUGAUUUCUCUGGUGCCUUAUUCCUACUCGAUGCUGGCACUCACAUACCCACAGGGAGCCGACACGGAAAUCAGCCUCGGGAGCAGGCAGGGCUUGAGCACGCGGGAGCGAGGGGAGGUUGGUGUCAGUGGGUGGGGAAGGGACGAGAUGGCAUGUCCCAAGCAGGAACUGCACAAGUCCACACAAAGUUAGCAAUUUCGACCUGCCAACACAUCGCAAACUCAUCCUUCCUCAUCUGAGCUUUCCUUCCUUCUUCCUCUUCUGCCCCGCCUCCUCCUAAAGGUGCUGCUGCUAAGGUGGCCAGAGUCCAGAACGCCCAGUCGUCACUCAGGCACAGGCCUGGCGCUGCCACAUCAGCCCCCGGCACGAGCGGACCCAGAUUUCUCUUGCUUGGGGCUGAGAACUGUCAGAUUCUUCUCAUCAAAAAUAUAUUCCAAGGAAUCAGUCAAUUACAGUUAUUCUCCAUUGAAAAUGCACUUUAAAAAAUAAAUUAAAGCUCCAGACUGUUCAAAAUGUAUAAAAGGAGCAGGGGAAAGAUAAACAUGUGCUAGUGUCUGAACCCAGUUCAGUUUAUCUCCAGUUGAAACAAUAUACACUAUAUUAUGUAUAAAUAUAUACACACUCCCUAUAUAUAUAUAUAUAUCCAGAUAUAUAUAGUGUAUAUAUUAUACAUGUAUAGAUGUGUAAAUGUGCAUAUAUACACACAUGCACACAACAAAAUCAGAUGCUCAUUACAAAACCAGAUGCUACACAAACAGCAGCAGAGGAAACAAGGUUGGACUCUUGGAACAGAUCACAAAAAAUAAAAACAGCCACUUGCAGUGACUUUGGUCAUUUCUGUAUGUUCACAAGGAAUGGAUUGUAACAAAGAAAAAAGGAACAGUGUUAGAGAAAGAGAAAGAAUGGGCGAAACCAUCUUGAUCCAAUGGGAAUGCAGUAAUGUUCUAUACCAUUUUAUCUGUUAUUUAUUUUAGUCAUAUUGAUUUGAUUUCAGUUUUUGGCUACUUAACAUUUUUUUUCAUUCAAGUGAUCCACAACAAACUGAAUAAAACUACAGUGAAAGCCCUUUUCAAUGGAAGAUGUCAGAGAUCUCAAAACCCUUGGCCUGGCUCAGAACUACCAUGUACAAAUCAGUACUCUCUUAACGUCUGAAAUAGAAACUGAAAAAAAAAACUUUUUUGAAGCACCUUAAUGUGGUCAUCCAUUCAAGGAGUGGGUGCCACUUUUUUCUUUGAGCACCUUAUUGACGUGUUUUGCUGUCUGCUGUCUUUCUGUUACCUGUUGGCUGAAUGGCUAGCUGUUAACAUACACAAGUGCACAGACCAGACGUCUGGGCAUGUGUGUUCUCAGUGAUGUUUAUUGUGGUGACUGCUGAAAGGUGAACCCAUUUCCUAAUUUUCCCACCACAGUGUUGUGAUAAGAUUCUAAGAAAACCCUAUUCCCUGCACAGAAAUGUUUCUUAUCACAUUGUAUCUUAGUAUGGAAAGGAAUAUGGUCCCUUUUUUGCAAUUGCUACUGGCCACACACACAUGAGUGCACACGCGCACACACACACAUACAUAUUCAUUUGUCCAAGUGGAAUUUUCAAUGUCUGUGUGGGUGACACUGUUCAUGCAGUUUCUAUUCCCCAGUGAAUUCUGAAUGGUGGGCUUUUCUAACUAGAUUGUCUUUCCAGACUGAAAACUUAGAAAUUGGGGAAGAGUCUGGAAAGAGGGAGAGGCAAAGAAAGAGCUUUAAAUUGAAAGAAUAAUUUCCCAACAAGAACCUGGGCUCAAUGACUGCAUAGAUUAUACCUUCCUAUCUUUGCAGGUGGGCAUGGAACACUGCAUUUACCAAUCUGUGUACCGUAUAACCCCAUGUAUGCACACACACACAUCCAUCCAUCCAUCCAUCAGUAUAGACAUGGUUUGGGAUGAGCAGGUCAAUAGUUUUGAGAGGGAGUUUGUUCCUUUUUUUUUCCUCAUUAUACUCUUAAAUUGUUGUCAGUUAUCAAACAAAAAAUUGUUUUGAAAAACCUUGCAUACGCCUUUUCUAUCAAGUGCUUUAAAAUAUAGACUAAAUACACACAUCCUGCCAGUUUUUUCUUACAGUGACAGUAUCCUUACCUGCCAUUUAAUAUUAGCCUCGUAUUUUUCUCACGUAUAUUUACCUGUGACUUGUAUUUGUUAUUUAAACAGGAAAAAAAACAUUCAAAAAAAGAAAAAUUAACUGUAGCGCUUCAUUAUACUAUUAUAUUAUUAUUAUUAUUGUGACAUUUUGGAAUACUGUGAAGUUUUAUCUCUUGCAUAUACUUUAUACGGAAGUAUUACGCCUUAAAAAUACGAAAAUAAAUUUUACAAGGUUUCUGUUUUGUGUGGAAGAGUAAUUGAUGUUGCUAAGAAUGAUGUUUGUUUUUUGGGGUUUUGUUGUUUUUUUUUAAAUGUUACCAGCACUUUUUUUGUAAGUUUCACUUUCCGAGGUAUUGUACAAGUUCACACUGUUUGUGAAGUUUGAAUAUGAAGGAAUAAUUAAAAAAAAAACUCUUCUCUUGG